AUGGGAAAAAUGACGGACCACGAUGCAUUUGCCAUCCAGAAGACAAUAAUGCAGAUGGAGUAUCCGUUCAUAGUUCUAAAAUCACUCCAAUUUGCUCUUUUCCGGACCUAUGGGAUCCCCACGAUAUCGACCCUUCUUCUGAGAACCUCUCAAUUCUCGGAUUCGGCAACUUCAUUCAAACGAUAUGCCGACACUGGUACACUGAUCGGCGAGUUCAUGGCAUUUGACCCUAGUUCAGAACGAGCGCAAACUGCCAUUGCGCGAACCAAAUUUCUGCAUAAGGGCUACCGAGACAGUGGAAAGAUCCUGGAAGACGACAUGUUGUACACACUGAGUCUAUUCGCAACUGAGCCCAUCCGGUUUGUCAAGCUAUAUGAAUGGCGCGAGAUGACUGAGAUGGAGCGCUGUGCUGUCGGCACCUACUGGAAAAGUCUGGGCGAUGCACUGGCCAUCAGCUAUGAGAAGCUUCCUUCUGGUAAGAUUGGCUUUAGGGAUGGGAUACACUGGUUGGAAGAAGUCAGUGAAUGGAGUAACUACUACGAGUUGCAACACAUGAAGCCGCAUCCUCGCAACAAGGAGAUCGCCGAGAAGACCAUAGAUGUACUGGUGUACAAUCUUCCGGGUUUUAUGAAGCCCCUAGGCGUCUACUUUGUUUCGUUCCUCAUGGAUGAACGUCUUCGAAACGCGAUGAUGAUGGAAACACCUCCUGUUUUCUUCAGGAUCACAUUUGCCUCAAUCUUCCAAUUGCGCAGAGUGAUCUUACGCUAUCUAGCUUUGCCUCGUCCGAGCUUCAUGCGCCUGGAUGUCUUUACCGAAAAGCCCAACGAGCAUGGUAGGAACUAUGUCACAUUUUACGAAGGCGCACCUUUCUAUGUUCAGCCCACUAUCUGGAACCGCUGGGGUCCAGUGGCUUGGAUCAAGUGGGCGAUGGGACAACCCCUGCCAGGUGAUGAUGGCGACAAGUAUUAUCCUCGGGGUUAUUACACACCUGAUCUGGGUCCCAAAUAUUUCGAGGGCAAAGGCAGAAAGGAGUUGGAAAUGAUCAAGGAUACUCUUCGACAGCAAAGGCUGGGACAGUGCCCAUUCCCGUGA